ACCGGUAGUAGCGAAAGGUGCAGAACUGGCUACAAUCACGAUGAGAAUCGUGAUUUUGGACCGUCAUCGUAGUAGCCAAUAGUGGUGUUAAAUUACGUGGUGGCCCCAUAACUUUAUGGGAGGGCGUCGAUGGUACCGAAACCGCACCGAAGCCUACAGUAAUACAGCACCUACAACCAGAACACAGGCUUCUACAGGCUUCUACCGUUCACCCUAGCACUUGUUUUAUAUCGCUACGUUGGUAGGGUACGGUAAUACAGCAUAUAAGAGACUAUUUACAGCUUUUUACGAAGGUUGAGCUAUAUACGGUCGCUGCUACUAAGCAGAAUCGCUGAAGCCACGGUUGAGGUGGCACUGACGUUGCGACUGUUGGGGGCUACGGCCUAAUUCGGAAUGGUGGGUGCAGGGGUGGUUAGGGCCUGAGGCAGCGAAAAUAUCCCUCAUCGUGAUUCCGGGGUGGUGGAGGUUAUAUUCGUAGCUCUUCGGCCGACUUGCCGAACAAGAAACCGUCCCCAACCCCACACUCCUCACGGGUAUAACUUAAGAACAAGCGACAUUUGCGAAUUCUACUCACGGCCUGCCUUUUCUCCUCUCUCAACAAUUUUGUCACAGGCAACCCCUGCUUCUCAACUCACCAUGUCCGACUCAGCAAGCAAGUUCACGUCGUCCGCCUUCAUCAAUGGCAUUUAUAUUCCGUCUGGCCUUCUGAUCUUCGGCUGCUUCAUCGUCAAGAGCGAAUGGCUCCCAUAUGUGAUUGCUCUUUCAGCAGCUCUUGCAGGAUGGAAGAUCUUCUGCAGCUAUCCUAAGGCAGUCCUGAGGCCCGACGCCCUCCAAGAAUUCGAGCUGAAGGAGAAGACCAUCAUUUCCCACAAUGUCGCAAUCUACCGCUUCAAGCUCCCAACUUCCAACUCGAUCCUCGGCCUCCCAAUCGGCCAACACAUCUCCAUCUCCGCAAAUCUCCCUACCACGACCCCCGAGGGCGAGAGCAUCCGCAAGGACUUCCUCCGCUCCUACACCCCCAUCUCCGGUGACCACCAGCCCGGCUACUUCGACCUGCUCAUCAAGUCCUACCCCACCGGCAAUAUCUCCAAGUACAUGGCCUCCCUCAUCGUCGGACAGACCAUCAAGGUUAAGGGCCCCAAGGGCGCCAUGGUCUACACCCCCAACAUGGUGCGCCACUUCGGCAUGAUCGCAGGCGGCACCGGUAUCACCCCCAUGCUCCAGGUCAUCCGCGCCGUCAUUCGCGGCCGCGCUGCUGGAGAUACCACUGAGAUGGACCUGCUCUUCGCCAACGUCAACGUGGAGGAUAUCCUGCUCAAGGAGGACCUCGAUGCGCUCGCCGCGGCUGACAAGGGAUUCCGCGUGCACUACGUCCUCAACAACCCACCUGAGGGAUGGACUGGCGGCGUCGGCUUCGUCACCCCUGAGAUGAUUGCUAAGUUCCUGCCCAAGGCGGCUCCGGAUGUGAAGGUCUUGCUCUGCGGACCACCACCGAUGAUUAGCGCGAUGAAGAAGGCCACUGAGGGUCUGGGAUUCACUAAGGCGAAGCCGGUUAGCAAGCUUGAGGACCAGGUCUUUGCGUUUUAGAUGGGUGGUGGGUGAUGGAAUGGUGAUGGACGUUGAUAGAUGGAUAGAUAAGACGAGUUGAUCUGAGGCUUUGUAAAAGGACGGUUGGUUUACAGCGGGUGGGAGAGUGGAUUAGAUUAGAUGAGUAUGUGAUAUUUCAAAUCCAGUCUCGCUUUGUU